CUAAAAAGGCAGUGCGCGUAGCUUUUAUUUUGACGAUCCACUCCGGAGUCCUUUCCCCAGCAUUUAGCUUACAGUCUUCAAAGUGUUUGGGAAACGCCAACGCAGCCAUGGGUGUCCUGCUGUCCAAAUCCAUGGAUGACAAUUUAAAAAAGCAACAAGAAUUCAUGCUAACGAAUGCACGGCUGCAGAUGGAGCGCCAGAUUCUGAUGCAGAACCAGAUGAGAGAGCGGCAGAUGGCGAUGCAGAUCGCCUGGUCCAGAGAGUUUCUGAAAUACUUUGGCAGUUUCUUUGCGGUGGCCACAGUGGGACUAACUGCAGGAGCUAUUAAAAGAAAGAACCCAGGCAUGCUGGCUCCCAUCAUACCUCUCAGUUUCAUAUUUGCCUACCAGAUGGACAGCGCCUAUGGAACGCUUAUUAAUCGUAUGAGAGGGGAAGCUGAGAAUAUCAUGGAGACUGAAAAUGACCGUCUACAGUUACCUCAAGGGACUCCAACCUUUGAGAGCAUAGAGAAGGCCCGCCGUGCUAAAAGCAGCCUCAGCGCCUUCUUGGAGAAAUAAUGUAAUUAGUUAUUGUCUAACAGCGUGGUUCCAGAGAGGAGCUGCAGCCACUGUACAUUUCGUUUUCAACAAACCACAAAGACGGGGAAGUGGCUCACAAAGAAACCUCAGGUUUAGCUGUCCAAAACAUACCCACUCCCUAAACGAUACACAACUAUACUUUAUGUAGCAUUAAGGUAAAAGCGGCCUCAGCUCCUUCUUGGAGAAAUAAUGUAAUAAUUUAUAGAACAAACGUCCUCUAUCAUGGAAAAUUUUAAGGCUCUGCUAUUUCUCUCUGUCAGGUUGACCUUAUUGAACGAAAGGCUCCUUAUUCUGUCUCAUUUCAGUCUUUCAGAUACACCAAUCGGGCAUUACAUUAUGACUACCUAACUAACACUGUUGGUCGCCCUUUUGCUGCCAAAGCGGCCCUGACCCAUCACGUGAUAUCUGGCACCAAGAUGCCAGGUGUGGCCUCCGUGUUGAAUAGUCUGAAUCAGUGUUACUCACUUUGCUAGUGGUCAUAAUGUUAUGCCUGAUUGGUGUAUGCCACAUGUUGAUCCAUGAGUUAAGUUUUAUUACAGUGUUAUAAGAGCAUUGUGUGACCACAGCAGAUAACUUGUCUCUAAAUAUUGCACAAUUGCAGUUAUAUCAUCAGUGUUUUCUUUAGGUUGUUAUUUUCCAGGGUUUGCUUUGAUUAUGUAUGAUGGACUUGAAGGGAAAUUGAUAGUAAUAUUAAUCAGUUUAUGUUAUCUCUCUGGGGGGUUUUGUUGUAUUUAGAUGAACAAGAAUACCAGCUGCUAUAAGCCUGGUUCAUGAAUGUAAUGAUGAUGAUUGAACAAAGUGGUAAGACAAUGAUUGUUGGUCAAAGCUGCAAUUAGACCAGUGCAGAGCAGAAAUUCUCUUAAACACUCUUCAUAACAGCUCAUUUUAUCUGGCUCUUAUGUGUAAUACGUCGCCUUUAAAAAGCUCCUGAAACACUGAUGACUGUUGCAGGUCACUUGCCUCUCUGUUUAGAUGAUAGACUGUAUGCAAAAGAUGGACGUAGCAUCCAAACCCUCCACUUUUUCUCCUUUACAUUCAGCUCCUGCUGUCCUGGAACAGCAAAGGCUUGCACUUUCUUUCUCAUUUCAGUGGCUACAAUCCAUCCUUUGUAUUCAGUCUGUGGUUCUUUUCUAUCCAGGUCAUAGACGUGUUACUUUCUAAGAAGCUUUGUUUUGAUGAAAUGCCCUCUGCCAGGCUGGUAACUUUUGCAGUUGCCGAUAACCAACAGCUGAAGUGAUCAAAAUGUAAUGGUGCAUUAUUGGUAAAGAUUCUCAGACAUUUGUAUUGACAGAUAAAAUGUAUUAUUUUCAACACUAAAAUUUUAAUUGUAGGUGUGAGGGAGCUUCAAUACAAAGCUGUUGGACCUCCAACUUUUUUAAGCCAUCACAGUAGAUUCCAAGGUGCUGAUAUCUAUACUUUGUGUUUGACAUCUGGAAAAAAAUUUUAAAUUAAUAAAAAAAGAAAAUUGAAAA